UUCAUGAUGGUGGCGGGAAGUUUGGGGAGGAUUCAGUGACAUUGUUUUGUCAGCGAAAUAUGUUUCGCAACAUGAUAGUUGGUCAUGUCACAACAUGAAACCAUCACUAAAAAUACAAUUCGACUAUUUUGUCAAAAUGCAAAGGUGAACUAUGUGGAUUUAUUAACCCACAUUGCUUUCCUUGCUCAUGAAUUUGGGGUUAUCAUUAACAACGCUCGGUACAGAACAUGCAGAAGAUGUAAGACUUUGAUGGUUGGCUGAAGAUGGAUCAGUACGUAGAAGACUCAGAGCACAGCAAUGAGGACCAGCCAUCCAAUUUCCUGGUGCUAGCAUCCCAGUCAGAGACCCAAUACUCACAGUGGGACCAGCAGCACAUGCUUCAGUCUCUCCCUGCCCUCAAGUCCUCACAGACACCGGACAAAGGAAAGGCUGAGGGUUUAGUUGAACAGGCUUCAAAAUCUGAGGAUGAAAAACAGAAACUGCCUGCAUCAGUGUUCGUGGCUGCUACAGAGAGUGAGAUGUCACAUGAAGAUGUCAACCCAACUGAUAUUGACAGAGUGGAGGACAGCCACAGUGAGGAGGAAUCUGAUAGUGCUGGCGAUGUGACUAUGGUGAAAAAGGUGGAAGGCAUUAUUGAAGAGAGAUCAGAUUCUCCUAUAUACGAGAGUCAGGAUGAAGAUAUUGCAGCUCGAAAGGCAUCUGGCAGUCGUCAAAACUUGCAGAAACUAUUCCCAUCACCGCUGUCUCAGGAUGAAGAGACGGACCAUCAAGAACAUAUUGUAUCCACACCAUCGGAACAUUUGGGCAGUUUGCAGUUGUCUUGUGAACCUGUCAGAGUGGUGGAGACGGUGGAUGAAAGCCUUGACGUGUUGGCUCCCUCCCCUGAAGCAUAUGGAGACAUACCUGUCAUCAUACCCAGCUCUCCCACUGCCGGGGAGGUGGAGCCAGAUGAGUGCACCUACAACCCUGAUGCUGAUAGGACAUUGGAAGCUGAAGACAGGCAAGCUAAGAGGCAUUCUUUGGACCGGCGUGAACGGCUUCCACCUCCAUCAAAUACUGAUGAGCCAAUCACAGAGGAAGAUACAAAUCCAGAUCAGCUAGUCACAGUGGACAAAGUUAUUGAAAAGGAGGAGGAUGAGGUGGUGUUGUUGGACACCAAUGUGCGGACCCUGGCAGGGGAGGAGACGCAGGGAGAAUCACUGCACCUUGUAUACACUGUAUCACAGCCUGCAGACACCAGGCUACCAUCACAGCACACAGGCACCAGGCUGCCAUCACAGUCUAAGGUGGCAGGAACAGAUGACCAGAGCAAGGAGGACCAGGAAGAAUGCUGUCCUGAUUCUCAAGACCUGGCUCUUCAUCUGUCCCAGUCCCAGGGAGGUUCACACACUCCUACAGCCCAGGUGAGCAGUCAGACGAAGGCUGCAUCCCCACCAGAGAAGGCAGAGGAACUUGGAUCAAGAGCAAGUCAGUCCAAGUCAGCAUCAACAUCCACUGACUCAAAUGGCUUUCAUCUGACAUUGCCCAAAGAUGGUGCUUUGAUUCAUCCUGUCCAAGUUCCUCAGAGUGACAAGGGGGAAGAUAAAACAAGCUCACCACACCAAGAUGAAGGAGAUGCUGUAGAUGCUGCUGUUACUGCUGCCCCCUCGCUGUCUAUAGCGGCGCUGGUCUCACAGAGCCAGAGCACAGAGGAGACGACAUUCAGAAUACAGAAGCCAGACCUGCGGAUGUCGGAGGAGGGGGAGGAAGGGAGCGAGGUGAAUGUGUUCAAGAAAACACGAUCUGGUGUGCGCAGACAGGUGGAUCGGCAGCUCCACCUUUCAGAUGAGAGUGAGGAUUUCUUCAAUGUAGAACUGAGAGGGAAGAGGAAAUCAGGACCAUCUGCUGAGACCAAGUCUCCGCCAACUGAGAAGAGAGCUCGUACAGGGGACAUAACUCAUAUUGAUCAAGAUGCAGAAACCCAACCUGAUCAAUCUGUUAGUGAGAAAAAACCUGCACAUACUCAAGAAAAGGUUAACGCUCCUGAUCCGUUUGAUGAAAACACAGAGAUUUAUGAAGUAGAUAAGAGUGUGGACAUAGAAAUGGUGGAGGAUAAGGUGUCAAGCUCCCUACAGGAAGGAAGCUUGUUACAGCUCCAGACAACUCCCCAGGGUGAUGGUGGAGCAUCCCUAAGGAAGGAGGCUGAAGAUCAGGACACACCUCUGCAGCACGUGCAGUCACAAACAGUCAUGCAGACUGAUGAAACCAGCAAACCAGUUGCAAGCAGGGGUGUGACUGCUCUCAGUCCAAAACCCAGCACCUCAAACCGUGAUUUGUCUGAAAAAGAAGUGUCAAGUAGAGAUUUGGAAAAGACCAGGAGUUCUCAAUCUAAGGAGAAAGAGAAGCAGACCGUUGGAAAAACAGCACAUGUGGACUCGACUUCAGGGUCGGUGGCGGACAGUAAGGGAGGCCGUCUCGCCAGUGUGAGUUUGUUGAAGGAUUCGGGUAUCGGUGAUGCCCUCAAUGUGACAUCUGUGACGGAGACAUCUCCUCAAGCUGCCCCCAUGGUUUCUCUGCGGAGGAAAUCCUCUGAUCCUUACACCUUCCACGGGUCCCAGUCUCAGCAGAUGACCACGGAACAGCCCAUCACCAGCAGGAAACCUUUACCAACAACCCCAUUAUCAUCAAGGAAAAAACCUGGAAGAGGGCUGAAAAGAGUCUGUGCUAAAAAGGUUGCAAAAGAUGAUAGUUCCUUGUCUUCAGAUUUGAAGGCAUCGGCAAGCAAACCAAGGCCUAAAAAAGUGCGCAAGCCUGUCACCAGGAUCCAGAAGUUGCCUGGCAGAAAAACUGCCAUACGGGACAAGCCAGAAGAUGCUCCCGGAGACAGUGGUGAGCCGCAGGUGGCAGUUACCAGUCCCGGCACAGGGUUUGAGGCGGACGUGAGUCACUCCCUGCCCAGUCAGAGGUCAACAGAGAGACAUGUAGCAUUCCAGAACAUCCCUGGCAGGCCACCAUCAUCAGCCUCCUCCGCACCAGGAGCGUCUGCAGAUCUGUCCGACUCCCAGAUGUCAGACCAGCUGACAGAGACGGUGAUCAUCACAAGGAAGAAGAAGACUGUUGAGAUUGAGACAAUUGUCAGAAUACUCACCAACAGAGAGGGCAAGGUGGUGGGGCGGGUCAAGAAAGAGGAGGAGUGUGGUGAACCCUCGUUUACUACAACGUUCCACAGUGAGGAGACUAAUGUGUUACCCUUAGUUUCCCCCUCUCGGACUGCAAGUUCCCUCACUCCCGGUGACCUGGCAGAUGUCAGUUCUGGGUUUUCUAGAUCCAACAGCACAGGCUCUAAAGGCAGCAGUCUGGAGAAGGGGAUGACAAGUUUAGAUCUGGCACCUCUGUCGAGGAGGGAGGACUCCUUCCAGAGGCUGCUGACAUCCAGCUCCACCAGACUGUCACUACCUCACAGCACCUUCUCCAGCAUCAGUUCUCCUUCCAUCUCCAGGACUGAAGACGCUCCUAAACUGAACGUUGCCAGAGAGUCAAACAGAACCCCUGUGUCAGACAUCGUGGAUGAAGGACGAGCAGUGAAGACUCCAGAUGCAUCUGUUAUUGAGAAGACGGACAGUCAUAUAGGUGCAGUUGUCAGCAGCGCUGGUAGUCGGCGCACGUCAGACUCUCUGUUCACAAGUCCCGAAAUCCGAGAAGAUCCUGCCGAAGCAGGCCAUCAUGGAGCACUAAGGACUGAGGUCAGUAGCCACCCAAGUCCACCACUGAAGAAACGACCUGCUGAUUCCAGCCAAGAUUCAUCAACAGAAAUCACAUCAGCUCAGCGACCCCGGACACAGGAGAGUGGUGGGUUUUCUAUACAUGGGUCUGUUGGGCAGCGGAAGCAGGCAGAGUCACCACUACAUUUGCUACAGACGACAGACUCUGAUAUUCCACCAUCACAGAACCAGAGAAUUACAAGAUCUGCUAGGGGAGAGAAGAGUAAAAGUUCGGAAAACAGCAGUUCUGGAGAAGGUCAUAUAAGUCCGCAGAUUCCCUUCCAGACAACCACAGAUGCUGAGCAGGAACAAGCAGCACCAGUUGAACAUGCAAGUAGCGCAGAGAUGGGCUCCACUGUGAUGGCAAAGUGGAAGGAUGACUACUUCUACCCAGGGAAGAUUUUGAAAAUUGACCCAAACGGAAGAUUUUACAUCCGCUUUGACGACGGGGACCAGAUGUAUGUGAAGGCCAAGGAUAUUCUGCUGGUGAAGGUGAUCCCGAUUGGCCAGAGUGUGAUGGUCCUGUCCUCGGACGGCUACUUCGAGUACGGCAUGGUGGUCGAGUACGUGCAGCAGGGCGACAGAGUCAAGUACAAGGUGUCAAGGGAUGAAGGCGACACUCAGCAAUGCUCGUGGAGUCAGAUGAUCCUCAGUGAGGGUCAGGCCAGCUGCCUGAUGAGUGAUGAGGAGAUGAGGGUGCCAGCUGCCCCAGGGACGAUGACCUCUGAUCCCAGGCUAGGGGACGUGUCACUAGAUAACCUCAUUGUGGGGGAGCGACGGAGACGGAAGAGAGGAGCACAAGAGGCGACACCGAGGGAAAAAGAAGCUCGGAUGACAGAAAGUAAAGGCAGUCCAGCAAAGGCCCCCGGUGUUGUCAGAAGCUCACUGAGGGGUAGAUCUGCCAGCAGAAGCACCCAGAAGGAGCAGAAGGACCUACCACCAGAUCCCCCAGACCCUCCAAGUCACGGCAAGGACAAAGACCCUCCCAGUCGGGGAAAGAAGCGGAAACUGCAGGAGGGGCCAAUGGCCACCAGCACACCAACACCCAAAGCCAAGAAACCUGCUGACAGUACAGGGUCAGUGACGCCGACCACGUCCGGUAUGGGAGGAGCAGUAGACUCGCCGUCAGAGAGCAGGGGGCGGGCCCGUAGAGUCAGAGUUGGUCUCUUCGACAAAAGCAAGAUGGGCAGUCGGCCGCGUUCUCCCUACCUGUUCCAGGGCAUAGUGUUCCUUCUGACUCAUGUGGACAAGAGUCCAGAACAGAAACUGCAAGAGAAGAAACUUCUCCAAGAUUCCAGCCUGGAAACCUCAACUGAAGAGAGUGGCACUGAAGAAGAACCUAGCAUUGCGUUUGACAAGGAGAAUCUGCGAACCAACAUCGAGGCGGCGGGUGGUGUGGUGCUGGAGAAAUACAACCAGGCACAGAUUGAAGCAGCAACUCAGGCCUACCUGGUGGCAAACACGUUCCAGCGGACUGUCAAGUACUUCCAGUGUCUGGCAGCAGGCAUCCCCUGUGUGUCCCAUCAGUGGAUCAUACACUCCUGUACAGAGGGCAGGCUGCUGGAUCAUAAGGCGUACAUCCUGCCUGCUGGCAUCAGUCUGGAGAGGAGGAAACUCAUGGAAUGGAAUGCUGGGGGCAGCUGUCUGGGAGGUCUUCAGGUCAUGGUGGCAUCCACUAACGUCAAGUUCCAGGAUGCUUGGCGGUCAAUACUGACCAUCUCCAGGUGCCACCUGGUCAACAGACUGCCUGUUAAGAACAAAACAGAAGAUUCAGUGAAUGUUAUUGUCACUGAUUCCGGCUGUCCAUCAUCAGUACUUCACCAAGCCAAGCAGCUCAAAAUACCCCUGGUCUCCACGGAGUGGGUGAUUCAGUGCCUUAUAAACGGACACUUGUUAGGCUACACGUCCCAUCCCCAGUACACACAUGACUAUCAGGAGGCCUAACACACCUGGGAAUCACACUGCCCACAGGUGACAGGGAAGAGUUUGAAUAUGCAGCCACAAUGUUGUGAGAGAACGGUGUGUAAACUGGUAGUGGGACUAUACACCGAUGCAUUGGUGGAUUGAGACUUUUUACUUCUCGAUACAAGUAUCAAAGUCGCACACUUAGUAAAAGGUAUUGAUUCUAACUUUAAAUGUAUUCUUUAAUAAAUGUUACACCAAACACUAACUGCUAGCAAAAAUGAGUAGUGAAAAUGCAGAUAUUUUCAUCCAUUGCGCCAUUACAUGAUACUGCCAGCAGUAAAUCGUUGUGCUAGGUAUUUGGCCAUCCUGUCCAUGAAAAAGGUGGCUUACACACCAAUGAUAUGAACACGUGCAAAUAUCGUGAUACGUAUUGGAUAGUGAGCAAGGUAUCGUGAUACGUAUUGGAUCCUACAGUUGGUGUAUUGUCCCACCCUUAGUGCAAACUGUUAACCGUCAACCGUCUGUUAUCAUACAGAACAUGGAAUCUCUAAAUGAUAAAAUCAUGGGAUUAAUAAUAUAUUUGCAUACAGAGGAUGAAUGAUUUAUAGUAAUAUGAAAAAUUGAUGUUAAAUGUACAGGGGUGAAAAAGUAUAUCUAGUUGUACAUGAAAACUAUUUUGACAACAAUCAAUUGAGUGUGCAGUGCACAGUGCAGAAGAACCAUGUGAAUAAUAGAAAUGAAAUACAUGGGGAAGUUUUGGGUGUGGAUGUCAUUCUUAUGUCAGUAGAUGACUGCCACAGUCUACUGCUGAUAGAUGUCUGGAACUAACUCCUGUUCAUGGCAAUAAAAUAAAGCAAUGCUUCUAGUGUC